GGCCGGUGCUGACCGCCAUGGAUCCGCUGCGGGCUCAGCAGCUGGCGGCCGAGCUGGAGGUUGAGAUGAUGGCCGACAUGUACAACCGGAUGACCCAGGCGUGCCACCGCAAGUGCGUCCCUCCGUUCUACAAGGAGUCGGAGCUGUCCAAAGGGGAAUGUGUGUGCCUGGACCGCUGCGUGGCCAAGUACCUGGAAGUGCACGAGCGGAUGGGCAAGAAGCUGACGGAGCUUGUCGCUUGCAGGACGAGGAGCUGCUCAAAGCGAAUGCAGCAGGGCAGCGGCACCGCCUGAGCCCCCACCCAUCACCCCAAUAAACCUGGGCGUCUGCUGUGCUCCCCUCGCCCCCCAAACUCA